GAAGAUCGGGCCUUGCUUGAAGACAACAACAACCCCGAAAAUAAAAUGGACGAACUCUCCGUGGCGGGUCCUCGCAGAGUUCUCGCCCCGUUUCCGGUCAACACAUCCAUUCCGUGCGAUACCGCGGUAAACAAACACGAUGAACAGGUACGGAAAGCGAAGAUAAGGAAGCGAGCGAAGGAGCCACGCAGCACCUCUUCUUCCUCCUCCUCCGCCAAGGAAAAACACCAAGCAAUGCGCGGUAUGAACGGCGAUGGGAACAUAGAAGCACACGUAGCUGCCAUGGAACCAGAUGCUCCGUCGUGUGGUGCCAAAGCCGAGACGACUGCGGCAACUCCGUAUCCGCCCCUCCGCACCGUACUUCAAAGUGCUACCCUCUCGCACAACGAGCAGCCCACCACUGCGUUGACGGAGGUCACCAGUGCCGACGCCGCGCGAACAGAAGAGGGAGUAAAGGCGAUAGAGGUCACUGCGAAUGAGGAUGAUAGGACGGAGGCGACAGCAGCCGUCACACAGUCGAAACACCUUCCCGAGGACACCAGCUACGCCGUGUCCGUACACCCGCCGUCGUCUGCGAAGCCGAAGUUUCCGUCUCGCCACACCUCGAUGGCGCGGCUCCGCCAACAGCAGCAGCAGCAGCUGUGGAAGCCCGCUGUGAAAGAGGAAGGCACGGAGGACGCGGCGGCCGCACCUGUGCUAGCUGCCGCGGCAGACGUGAAUGGCAUACGACCCGUCGCACAGCCGCGCGACGGGGUGCACCUCUUCUGGUAUCGCCCCAUUCUGGCAAGUCCAGCACCCAGCUCGACCUCCUCUUCCUCGUCAUCGUCCAACGAUGGAGGAGCCACACAUGCAACCUCCGACAGACAGGUGAGCAAGCGAUCCAAGGAGGAGGUCUGUCGUGGGCAGGGGCCUGCCAAAGUCCUUCCAAGGGAAUUACGCUCUCCCAGUGGGGGGACAGAGGUGGGCGUUGCACUCGAAGAUUCAGCGGACCACCACACAAGUCAAGACGACAGCGACGUGCGUGAUGGUCUUCGCGAGAGCGGCUGUUACGCCGACUCACAGCCACGGCGAUCACCGGCACCACGACCAGCCACGGAAGCGGCGGCCCUUCUUCCAUAUCCAGCUGCCCCGACGAAGACAGCAAGCGGAGCAGCGGCAGUGGCAGCGGCGACUGCGCUGGAGGCGAGCGCCCCUUUUCAUGCACUGCAGUUCGUUUUGCCGCCCCCGUAUGAACACUUGGAGUCGCCACCGCAGUCAGGCCGAAGCGAGUUGGAGAAUGGCGGGGACAGUGGUGGCGCGGUGGGCUACGACCGCAUCAGUCCUGCCGGCAGCCCUCGAAGAAGAGGGGAGGAGGCGGGGCAUCGCGACGACAGCCAUCUCGAGUCCCACCCUGCACAGCGGAUCGGCCACACAGGCGAGAAGGUGGCAGGCGGUGAGGAACUGAUGGAGUGUCCAUUUGCCCUCUUUGGCUGCUGCCCACGCGGGACGCACACCACGGCGGAGGUCCAAGGGAACACGCUGCUGCACCACCACCUUGUCGCCGUCGCGGGGUGUCUGCGGCGCAUGAAGGCGCGUCAGCAGCAGCUGGAGCACAACGUCGUGCUGCUGCAGCAUGAGAUACACACGCAGACCAACGCUUUGCACGCGACGACGGCGCAGCUCGAGCGCUUUCAGCGGCGGUAUCGUUCGGAGGACAAGGAAAGGUCAGCCGCUCACAGGAAUACUCCUGUGCUGGCUCUAGAGCGGCAGCAACGGCGACUCUCACGAAGGAAACCCGGAGCGGCGCACGGGCGAGACGACGAUCACAACCAGAGCCUUCCUCGCUCCGCAGGUGAUGUGUCGCUUUCCGGCAGCACGAUGGAGAGCGUGAACGGAGCAGGCGGCCUUUCCCACAAGACUCUUCCAGGAGAUGUGAGUCUGCACGAACCGCAGGUGACGGGCUACGGGGCGGACGAAGAAGACGACGACUCCAUUACGGAGACACAAGAGGAAGAAGGGGAGGGCGGAGACGUGCCAGUUGCGAACUUCUGCGAACUCGACGAAGGCGGCUACGCUCGACACCUACGUCAACGCACCCGAUCUGCCACUCGGCUUUAUGCGCUGCGUGAGAGAGCAGAGGAGCACGGACGUGCCGGCAAGAGUCAGCACCGACAGACCACCUCUUCAGCACCUGUAGCGGCAGCCGACGCAGCGUCAGGCUCCGGUGACCUUCGCACUGCCUCUGCGCAGCAGCGGAGCGGCCACAGGGAGUCCGUGAGGUCGCAGAGGUCGUGUGACAAGAGCAGAAGCACACCUUCCUUUAGCAAAAGCAACGGAAAAGAUGUUCCACGCGGUUUCUCUGGUGAGGCAUCCACAAAGCACAGCUCCUUUGCCGGGCCUUCAAGUCCGUACGACGUCCAGCGCGGGGCGUGCGGCAGCACCGAGGUAAGCGGAAUGAGCAACGUGCCGCCGUAUCAGCUGCCGAAUGAGUCCGUCAGCACCAUCAGCAGCGCCUCCUUCGACCUCAACGACCACGAAGACGACACGGAUGUGGGGAAGAUGCGCCAGCAGCUCCUGUACCUCUCCACCGGCGGUGCGGGGCGAGAGACUUCCACCGAAGCGCCGAUGCGAGCCGCACGAGCUCCGCGGAUGUCACCCAGGCCUGGUCGUGCAGUGGAUGAGCAGUCCGCGCGCUCUAUCCCUUCGUUGGUCAGCACCACCUACCGACCAUCGCAGCUGGCGCACGCCUCUGCAGCGACGGAAGGUGUGUCGGAGUCUGCGGAGAGGACACCGCCGACGCGUUCCGCCGUUGCCAAGCCCGAUCGCGAGCCGAUCGAAGCAGAACUAGAAGCACUCAAGUCAGCGGAAGGGCAGCAGCCACAUGGAGACUUCUUGCCGGUUGCGGUAGCCGUGACCACUGUCGCCGGUGAUGGCGUGCGACUCGCUGCUCCGCUGCAACGACCCACACUGAUCCGCAAAGUGGACGUGGCGCACGACAAAGGACUGAACAAGUCGCCACUGGUGCUGCCGCGUGCCGUCGUGCCGGCGACCACCACUGCUGGGGCUGCCCUUCCUUCCCCUGUGCCGUUGACCGGACCGCAUGGCGGCUCUACCGCACCGCUCACAUCAGCCAUACGAACGAUGAGCAACGCAGCCACGCUGAGGCCGCGACGAUUGCAAGCGCUCGACAGUGAGGGGAAGCGGGUCACGGCGGUGGGCUUCCAUGACGCGGUGGAUGCUGACGGCAGCGCAAACCGCACACGAAACGCGAGCAUCAUUGCAACGCAUCACACCGUCGACAGCAAUAGUCAGAAUACGAAUGGUAAUGGGCGAGAUUGUGCGGAGGGACCGUCGGGGAGGGCUACGCGCUCGACCACGCCGAACCUGACGGCGGCACAUGCGUACAGCUACCAGGGCGAGGAGAUCAACGGCAAAAACGACAACGCGAAGUAUCAUUCCACGCGGGUUGUAAUGCGCAAGAAGAGUACGGGAGGGACAGAGGAGGAGGAGCAGGUGAGGGAAGAGGGAGAAUCCGCCAAGCGCAGUAGCCACGCUCGAUCUCGGCGAGACUCCAGUGCCGCUGCUGCCUCGCGGCGAUCUCAACACGCCACAAGUCUUCUGUCCGUUAAGGAGGCAGGGGAGUUGGGGGAGCUGGUGCGCUGUCUCGGUCUGCCGCCUCGACGGGUGGAGCAGUAA